AUGGCUGCAGGUGUUUCAGUGUUACAGAAUCUCACUUGGUUUGUGUCUUGUCGUAAUGAGACCAAUGAUCCAUUCUUGACGCUUACCAUCCUAUCCUCAUCUUUUGCCGAUCAUCAACAAUCGGCACCAUCAACACAGCCCCUUCUCAUCCAGUCAUCAACCCGACUCCAAACAGUGCCUGCAGUUCGAAACCUUCAUAAACCCGCCCGCAAACGCUCCAGCAAGCCCUACAGCUUCCCCUCACCAACCACACCCCCUCCAACCCAGCAAUCCGCGUAUUCCAUCUUCAAGACAACCGAUGAAACCCCUCGACUCAUCUCCGACGUGAAGGGCCUUCUCACUCAGAUCGAAGAGCAACACCACUCCCGUCAGGCUGCCCCAGCGCCUUGGGUGACCACCGCCCGCGAGAUCAUCACAGGCAGCGACGCCGCUCAGAACGACCAUCACCGCAAGCAUCUCGCCCACCAGACCAAGGUCCAGAAUCUGUGCACUCAGCUCAGGGGUGUCAUUCUGGAAUUGGCGUGUCUGAUGGCCCAGUUGGAACGCUUGAGGAGGGAGCUGGACGGACCGAAGUUGGCGGCUUCGAAAGGGGCGCAUGAUGUUUUCUGGAAGGCAACGAAAGCGGCGGUGGAUGUGAUGGUCGAAGCGCGUCAAGACGAUGAGGAUGGAUGUGCACUGAUCCAGAAGGAGUUGGAUAUGUUGGAGGUUCAUGAUCCAAAGGCAUCUGCAAAGGAUGGAUGA